AUGGUCGCCGCGGGGAUAUCUCACACGAUCUUGCUCGUCAGCGACGGCACAGUUGACGCUCACGGCAACAAUGACUUCGGUCAGUGCGACGUGCCAGCGCUGGAGGGAAGCUCCCACACUGUCUUGCUCAAGAGCGACGGCACGGUUGCAGCCUGCGGCCUUAACAACGAAGGCCAGUGCGACGUGCCGGCGCUGGAGGGAGGCCUGACUUACACGCACGUCGCCGCGGGACGCUUCCACACGGUCUUGCUCCAUAGCGACGGCACAGUUGACGCUCACUGCAGCAAUGGCUUCGGUCAGUGCGACGUGCCGGCGCCCGAGGGAGGCCUGACUUACACGCACGUCGCCGCUGGAGGCCACCACACUGUCUUGCUCCGGAGCGAUGGCACGGCUGCAGCCUGCGGCAACAAUGACUUCGGGCAGUGCGACUUGCCAGCGAUGGUGGGAGGCCUGACGUACACGCAUGUAGCCGCUGGAGGCCACCACACGGUCUUGCUCAGUAGCGCUGGCACGGUUGCAGCUUGCGGCUUCAAUGCCUACGCCAGUGCGACGUGCCGGCAUGACAUUCACGCACGUCGCCGCGGGGUGCUUCCAACGGUUUUGGUCAGUAGUGACGGCACGUGGGCUUGCUGCGGCAACGGUGAUUUCGACCAGUGCGAUUUGCUGGAUUUGGAGGAAGGGCUAACCUACACUCACGCCGUUGCGGGAUGCCACCACACGGUCUUGCUCAGUAGCGCCGGCACGGUUGCAGCCUGCGGCUUCAAUGCCUACGGCCAGUGCGACGUGCCAGCGGACGUCGCCGCGGGACGCAUGCACACGGUCUUGCUCAAGGGCGACGGCACGGUUGCAGCCCGCGGCUGCGGUGACCAUGGCCAAUGCGACGUGCCAGCGCUAGAGGGAGGCCUGACCUACACGGACGUCACCGCUGGAGGUCUGGCCUACACGCACGUCGCCGCGGAAGGCUCCCACACGGUCCUGCUCAGGAGCGACGUCACGGCUGCAGCCUGCGGCCUCAAUGACGAGGGCCAGUGCGAUGUGCCGACGCUGGAGGGAGGGCUGAUCUACACGCACGUCGCCGCUGGAGGCUCUCACACGGUCUUGAUCAGAAGCGACGGCACGGCUGCAGCCUGUGAUUGCAACACAGACGGCCAGUGCGACGUGCCCGCGUUGGAGGAGGCGCUGACCUACACGGACGCAUUCGCAGGACGCAUGCACACGGUUUUGCUCAGGAGCGACGGCACGGUUGCAGCCUGCGGCAGCAAUAACGAAGGCCAGUGCGAGGUGUCGGCGCUAGAGGAAGGCCAGACCUACACGCACGUCACCGCGGGAGGCUCUCACACGGUCUUGCUCCAGAGCGACGGCACGGUUGCAGCCUGCGGCAACAACGACGUUGGCCAGAGUUACAUGCCGGCGAUGUAUAGAGGGCUGUCCUACAGAGCGCGUUUGUUUGGAGUUGCGCUUCUCUUGCAGGAAUCGCUCGACGGCGGUUCCGUGAUGUUCGUAACCAUGGGCGGGGUAAAGCGCUGCCGAAUCCCGGUGGCGCGCCUGACGCUCUGCUCACACACGUGUACGACCAGCUGGCGGCCGGGCACCGCGCAAGCAGACUUGGCCCCG